AUUAGUAAAAUUACCAAGGACAAUACAACUAUCCACCUAACUAACAAUACCCUUAAUAAAAUCCAUCAAAUUAUAAUUAGCCAGGUUAUUAAUAACAAUUUCCCUAACAAGGUCAAUAUCCGCCUUAGUAUAACUAAUAAUAAUAAUAAUAUCCAGGAUUUUCUAGCCUACCUGGAUAAUAUCCAUAAGAAUAAAGAGCUCAAGAUAUAAUUAAUAAAUUGAAAUAUUCAAUUUAAUAUCACAAAAUAGAUAUAGCAUAAUUAUUUUGUAUGUAUGAUAAAUAAGCAGAUGCCACAUUAAACCAAUAAGAAUUUGGUGAAUUAUUAAGAAAAAUAGAAUACUAAAUAACACAAGAUGAAAUAAAUAUCGUUUUUAGUAAAUUUGAUAUAGCAAGAAACGGAGGAAUUACUUUUGAUGAAUUUUGUUCUUUAUUAGGAAAUUCUUAGGCUUUAUAAUCGUAAUAAUAUGACCCUAAUUAAUUAAAAGCGCAAGCCAAAAAUGCUGAAUAAGCAAUAGAAAAACUAAAAUAUGCUAUUGGUUAUUAUAAUAUUAAUCUUUAUGAAUUGUUUACUAAGUAUAUUAAAAACGGAGAUUAAUAAUUAGAUAUGAAUGAAUUUUCUAUGCUUUUAAGAAGAAUGGAUCCGAAUCUUUCUAAUUAAGAAAUUUCAAUGGCCUUUACUAAGUUUGACUUAGAUAAAUCUGGAACUAUUACUUAAAAUGAGUUUUAAACUAUCCUUAUGUCAUAUUGUUAACUUUAAUAAUAAUAAUAAUUUGGAUAUCCUUAAUAAUGGAAUAAUUAUAAACCUAAUAAUCAAUACCCUUAAUAAAUGAACUAAUCCAAUCAUUAGUAAGGAUAUCCUCCUUAAUAAGGAUUUCCUCCUUAAUAAGGAUUUCCUCCUUAAUAAGGAUUUCCUCCUUAAAAAGGAUUUCCUCCUUAAAAAGGAGUUCCUCCUUAAUAAGGAUUUCCUCCUUAGUAAGGAUUUCCACCUUAGUAAGGAUUUCCUCCUUAGUAAGGAUUUCCCCCGCAAUAAGGAUUUCCUAAAUAAUCAGGAGCUCCCUAAUAAGGUUAAUACCCUCCUUAAUAAGGAUAAUAUCCGCUUUAAUAAUAAUCUGGAUAUUACUAAUAACCUUUUUAUUAAGGGUAUAAAUGAAGUUAAAUGAGAAAGUAGCACUACUUUAAAAAAUAGAGUUCAUAUAAAUUUAUUUUAAUAAUUACAUUUUUGAGAUUAAUAAAAAAAAUAUAAAGUUAUUAUCAUAAACAUUAGAAACAAAUUU